CCCACUGCCACUGCACUGCACUGCACCGCCAAAAUGUCGAGUCGCUCAGGCUGUGGGUUUCCACUGCCCACCUACCACCACCGCUACUAGGUAGUCGUAGUAUAGCACCAGUAUGGGGUUGCCAAUGGUAUCAUACCUACUAUUUUGUGUCUCGAUAACCCGAUAACACCCUUUUUCUUGGAAGAACUGUUUCUCGCCGUUUGGCCUCCUCUAACCCUGGAUAUAUUUACUCUACAUAUGUCCUGACCGUUUGAGCCGUGCCCCGGAGGCACUUUCGAGUGCAAAAUGGACGUCGUCGACCGAGGCCGUGCUGGGCCGCCGCGGCGCUCUAGUUCAGCAUUACGGACGAUGCACCGAAGAGAUUCGAACUUGAGCAAUGCAAGCAUCGUGUCCGAAGUCGAAAUGGCCACUGAUGAGCCGUUCUCCGGACCGAUCUCUGAGAGCGUCCCUUCGAGUGUGACCGGUUUCGUAUAUCAGCGGCCGAGGAAGCGCAAGGGUUCGAUUUCGAGCUUCACCUAUUUCCAAGACGAGGAAGAAACGCCAGACUACUCCGACGAGGAGGCCAUUGUCGAUCUCAGUGACGAAGAGGAUGGACACAUUCAUGGGGAGGAGCGCGACCUAGAGGCAGGUCAAACGGAACCGCUCCGCCACAAGCCCUCUGGUCGGCUUAGGUCUUCAUCAGACCAGCCGCUUCUGGGAAGAAGGGGUUCUGCCCGUAGUGAUACCCAGGAGCUUGAGGAAGGCGGCAACUUCAGCCAGAAGCUCUACAUCGAGACCGAAGAUCUUACCAUGGUCAUAGCGGGAUUCGUGACGAGUUCUCUUGGUUAUUUAGCCUACCUCGCUAUAUGCAUUUUGACCGGAGGCAUUGGUUAUCUUGUUUUUCGUUGGAUACCACGAUGGCGCAUAUCACUAGUUGGCACCGCUGCUCCCCUCAAAAAUUGUUCAUGGGUGGUCGUAGAGAACCAAUGGGGUGAAUUCACGGUGCAUUAUGUUGCUGUUGAGGAGUAUGGCCACCCCAUGUCCACUGUUUUCACACGUUCUGGAAAAGAAAAACACAAUGGAUACCGAUAUGACGAAGAUGUCGAACUGCCACUCCUGCGAUUUCUCGACUAUCGGUAUAUGAGGCUCCUUUAUCAUCCUGUCCAGGAUAAGUUCGUCCUUAACAAUGACUGGUGGGACCCUCAAUGGACUUCAGUCAAAGCUCUCCGAGAGGGUCUUGACUCUGAGGAGAGAGAUCCGAGGGAUCAAGUUUUUGGCAAGAACGUGAUUGAAAUCCAGCAGAAGACUAUCCCCGAAUUGCUUUUGGACGAAGCCUUCCAUCCUUUCUAUGUGUUUCAAGUGGCAAGUCUCAUCUUGUGGUCUUUGGAUGAGUAUUAUUAUUAUGCCGCCGCCAUUUUUCUGAUAUCGGUCUUUUCGAUCACAACCACUGUGAUUGAAACUCGAUCAACGAUGCAGCGUUUACGGGAAAUCUCCCGCUUCGAGUGCGACGUUCGUGUCCUUCGCAACGGCUUCUGGCGAUCUGCCUUGUCCAGCGAAUUGGUCCCCGGGGAUGUUUACGAAGUCUCAGAUCCAUCACUUUCAGUAAUCCCCUGUGACAGUCUGCUUUUGUCCGGCGACUGUAUCAUCAACGAGAGCAUGCUGACAGGUGAAUCCAUUCCGGUGUCCAAAAUCCCUAUUGUGGACGAAGCACUGCCUUACAUCAACCUUGGAGCCACUUCAAUACAUCCCAGUGUUGCUCGAUAUUUUCUCUUCUGUGGGACGAAGAUAAUUCGUGCAAGACGCCCACAAGAUACAGACGAUGAUGAAGCAGUUGCACUUGCGAUGGUGGUCCGCACUGGAUUCAAUACCACGAAAGGAGCCCUUGUUCGAUCGAUGCUGUUCCCAAAACCUUCAGGCUUCAAGUUUUACCGGGACUCCUUCCGCUACAUCUCCGUCAUGGGGUGUGUCGCUGGGGUGGGUUUCAUCGCAUCAUUUAUCAACUUUGUCAAGCUCGGCUUGGCCUGGCAUCUGAUCAUAGUGCGAGCUUUGGAUCUGAUCACCAUCGUCGUUCCUCCUGCACUGCCCGCAACCCUUACUAUUGGGACGAAUUUCGCUCUUUCUCGCCUGAGGAAGCAGCAGAUCUUUUGCAUCAGCCCGCAGAGGGUCAAUGUCGCUGGCAAACUUGAUGUCGUCUGCUUUGACAAGACAGGGACUCUAACCGAGGACGGAUUGGACGUACUCGGGGUAAGGCUCGUCCAACAUCCAGAAAUUCGAUUUGGAGACAUCUUGGAGGAGGCGCAUGAGGUCUUGCCUCCAGCACCCUACGACCGCGAUCCGACUGUUGACUACCGCGUCAACAAAAACAUGCUGUACGCAAUGGCAACUUGCCAUUCACUUCGACUCGUCGACGAUGAGCUCAUAGGCGACCCUCUUGACUUAAAAAUGUUCCAGUUUACGGGGUGGUCCUUCGAAGAAGGCUCUCGCAAUACUAACCACUUCAUCGAGCCUGGUACGCAACAAACAGCACCCAGUGUGGCACGCCCGCCACCAGGACUCGAGUAUGACGUGGACGACUCCCAGGAUAAUGCCAAUCCUGUGCGCGUGGAACUAGGAGUCCUUCGCUCAUUUGAAUUUGUCUCACAUCUUCGACGUGCUAGCGUCGUCGUUCGUCAGCAUGCUGAUCCCGGCGCAAGUAUUUACGUGAAGGGAGCUCCUGAAGUCAUGAAGGAUAUCUGCACUCCUUCGAGCAUUCCCGAUGACUUUGAUGAUCUCCUCAGUUAUUACACUCAUAAAGGGUUCCGUGUCAUUGCAUGUGCUUCUAAAUACGUUUCCAGGCUCAGUUGGGAUGAAAUUCAGAAUAUGGACCGCUCCGAAGCCGAGUCCCGACUCCAGCUCCUUGGAUUCAUCAUUUUUGAGAACAAAUUGAAGGAGAUCACGACGGAGAUCAUCGAGGAACUAAACGAGGCUCGCAUUCGGAACGUUAUGUGUACCGGCGACAAUAUUUUGACAGCCAUUAGUGUGGCGAGAGAGUGUCAACUCGUGGAUCGCAAUGCACACUGCUUCGUGGCACAUUUUGUGGAAGGCGAUAAGAUGGAUCCCAGAGCACGGUUGACUUGGGAGGCCGUCGACAAUCCCAUUUACCAGCUCGAUGAAAACACUCUACUCCCUCUACCGUUGCUUGCCGAGGAUGACACUUCUUCACCAUACGACGCCAUAGCCAUCGGCGAUUACACACUGGCUGUGACCGGCGACGCUUUUCGGUGGAUUAUCGAUUUUGCGCCUACCGAAGUAGUGGAAAGAAUGCUGGUCAAGGGAGCGGUUUUCGCGCGAAUGUCCCCUGAUGAGAAGCACGAGCUCGUCGAGAAACUGCAAAGCAUUGAUUAUUGCUGUGGAUUCUGCGGCGAUGGUGCAAACGACUGUGGUGCCUUGAAGGCUGCGGAUGUUGGUGUCUCCCUCUCAGAAGCGGAGGCCUCUGUUGCGGCCCCUUUCACGAGUCACAUUUUCGACAUUUCCUGUGUACCGGCGCUGAUCAAGGAAGGACGAGCCGCGCUGGUAACAAGCUUCUGCUGCUUCAAGUACAUGAGCUUGUACUCGGCUAUCCAGUUCACCUCGGUCAGCUUUCUCUACGCGUCUGCGUCCAAUCUUGGCGACUUCCAAUUCUUGUUCAUCGAUCUUUGCCUGAUUUUACCCAUCGCGAUAUUUAUGGGUUGGACGGGCGCCUAUCCUGUCCUGAGCAAGAAACGCCCGACGGCCAAUCUUGUCUCCAGGAAAGUAUUGACACCGCUGCUGGGUCAGAUUGUGUUGGCCGUCCUUGUCCAGCUGGUUGCCUAUGAAACCGUCCAAGAACAACCCUGGUACCAGCCGCCGGAACUGAACAAAGAAAAGUCGAAUGUCGACAACUCCUUGAAUACGGCUCUAUUCUUGGUCUCUAUCUACCAAUACACCCUUUCAGGCGUGGUGUUGAGUAUUGGACCACCUUUCCGACAGUCCAUGAUGACAAAUGUGCCAUUCUGCGUCACAAUUGUGGUUGCUCUCCUCAUGUCUUUGUACAUGCUGCUGGACCCGGCGAAGUGGCUAGCGGACUUUAUGGAUCUGACCGAGAUGUCGCUUGACUAUGAGCUGUUCCUGCUGGCUCUGGCAGCAGCCGGCUUUGCUGUGUCCUACCUGUCGGAGAGACAUUUCUUUCAGCUGCUGGCAAAAUAUAUCGGGCGACUCAAAUUAUGGUUGCGACCGGCGCAUCCGAAAAAGCGGAAGCGAUACAAGAUUAUUGCAGAGGACAUUCUGCAAAGCAAAUAGACCUGUAUAUAGUAUUCCGAAUGCCGAACUUAUUUGGAUACUCGGGAGCUGUGUUCUCUUCCAGUGUCGUUUGGGAUGCUGGAGAGAAUCAACAAAAAGGAUCAACAUGUACGACUUCAUGGGACGUGGUGUGAAUAGCUUAAUAUGUCUCCAAUCUCCCAGCGUACCCCAGAGUCAAUAGAGCCAUCACGGCGCUUCUGGACGAUAAUUAGCAGUGGUCAAACGGGUCCGUAAGCAUUGCUGAAAAUUUA